AGGAGGAGCAGGAGCAGGAGGCCACAUGAAGAGAGGGCUCUCUGCAGCCUCCCUGUUCUCGUCCCCCGGCACCAAUGCAGACGUCGUCAUCGCGAAGAUCAACCAGAGGCUGGACAUGCUGACCCAGCUGGAGGGGGGGCUGAAGGGGGCCCGGCCCGACAGGUACGACCACUACGAGUCCUUCGACUCGCGCUCCUCUUCCGCGCUCGCCUCCUCCCGAGAUCUCUACAGAUCUGGCGGCGGUAGCUAUGGCUACGGCGAUGGCCGCGAGGACGACAUGCUGCUGAGUCAGCGAGGAGGCUCCGGCUUCGGAGGGGGCGUUGGGCUCGGGGGCGCAGGAGGAGGCUUUGACAGCCCCUCCUCCUCCUAUGGAGUCGCUAAAAUGCGCCCGAAUAUGAGGGAGUCCUUCAACAGUGGCCAGGAGAGAGGCUCUGGAGGCGGAGGCUGGCCCGGAGCCGGCCAACGGGCCCCCCGAAGGGGGGGCGGUGCCGGGGCCCGAGGAGCCGGAGGCGGAGGCUUUGGAAGCCGCCGGUCCGACCCCACUCCUCUAGGAGGUGGAGGCGGGCGGGGCCAGUCCCACCGCGGCCGCUCCCCGGGAGCUGGUAGAGGAAAGCUCCCAUCCCUCCUGUCCAACCGCAUGUACCCCGAGACAGGGGGCUUCCAACAGGGCCCCACCCGAGGGCCCCACGACUUCCCCGAGAGGCACUUUGGAGGGGGUCCGCAGGCCGGCCGCCAGCGGGGCCGCAAGAGACCCCUCAACAAACAGGUGAAGCCACCGCGCGACGUCCAGAAGAAGAGGAAGCAGACGCUCACGGCCGCCGACGAGCCCGAGUCCAAGGUGAACCGCACGGAGGGCGCCGAGGCCGACGCCACGCCAGAGCAAACGGAGAAGAACGGUGCUGACGGGGAAGAGAAGCCGGAGACGAACACCGAGGCUGAUGGAGGUCACGACUCGCCUCCACCACCAGAACAACAACAACAACAGGAGGACAAGAGGAGUCCUCAGGACAAACGGACGCCGCCCCAAAGUCAGGACAAGCACCCAAAGAUGAGGAAAAGGAGGGGCUUCCUGGAGAGGUGUGGCCUAUUGGUGAUGUUCGCCUGCUCCGUCUGUAAGUUUCGUUCCUUCUACAAAGACGAGAUGGAGGUUCACCUGGAGAGCCGCUUCCACAAGGACCACUUCAAGUUCCUCUGUGGCCAGCUGACCACGCCCACCACCGACUUCCUGCAGGAGUAUCUGCAGAACAAGUUCAAGAAGACAGAGCAGCGAGUCGGACAGCUGGAGAACCACAGCGCCGCCAUCUGCCAAGUGUACAAGGAGCAGGACCUCACCAGGGAGCUGGGCAUGGAGCACUUCCUGAGGAAGGUGGAGGCCGCUCACUGUGCUGCGUGUGACCUGUUCAUCCCGAUGCAGCCGCACCUGAUCCAGAAGCACCUGAAGUCUCCGGACCACAACUACAACAGGAAGGGCAUGAUGGAGCAGUCCAAGAGGGCCAGUCUGUCCGUAGCGCGCAGCAUCCUCAACCACAAGCUGAUCGGCAAGAAGCUGGAGAGCUACCUCAAGGGAGAGAACCCGUUCACCGGUAGUCAUGACGACCAGGACCCAGAGGACUCCAUGGUGAUGGACGCGUCGACCAGCGAGGCGGCGGAUGGACAGAUGGAGGAGGUGAAGGAGGAGGAGGUGAAGGAGGAGGAGGUGAAGGAGGAGGAGGUGAAGGAAGAGGAGGUGAAGGAGACGGCUGAAGAGGAGACGAGGCAAGAGGCGGGCAACCUCGAUGAAGCAGCAACAACAACAACAACGGCAGCCAUAGAGGAGGAAAAGAUGGAGGGAAACCAGGAAGAGGAGGAGGGCUUUGAGGUGGAGGAGGAGGAGGAGGAGGAGGAAGGAUAUGUGGUCCAUGAUGAGGUUGGUGAGGAGGAAGGAGUUGAGGUAGCAGAGGGAGGAGACAAGAAUGAUGAAUGACUUUGCCCCCCCCCCCCCCCCGGUCUCCUUUUUAUCGGUCAAGGAAAAGAUCCUCAAUCAUGGACAUACUUUGUGAUGCGUUCAGGUUCUGCUCGUGAAAAGGAGGACUCUCCCCUCGCUGAUGGACUUCAGUGUUUCUCAGAAUGUGGAACUUUUCCUCUUUUGAUUCCGUCUCGUGCCUUUUUGUUUUUCGUUGACUGUUUCUUUUUGGAAUCUUUUAUGAAGUCAUGUAAUCAAUAACUUGUGCUAAGGUGAACGAGGGUACCUGAAGGCAACGUUUGGGAUACUUAGAAUUUACAUUAUAGACAUAAACGUGUUCAAUAAAUCACUGUUUUCAUUCAGA